CUGGAGGUCAGGAUCGCGUAUGUAACUUCCACUGCGAAAAGCUACGAAAGCGCCAAAAGCAGCGAGUUUAACGUGAAGCGACGCGCACGACUUUUGAACCCUUGCCUCCGCUGGGCCGAUGAGCCGCCAGCGGUGAAAGCAGAAGCCCGUGGAAAGAACCGAGACGCCGCCGAACCCUGUGCGUCCGGUUUGUCCUACAAAGGCGCCGGGAGUUUGACAGCGGCGGGGACGCGAGUGCGCAGGCCCGACGGGUCAACGGGGGACACUACAUGAGACGAUAAAAAACGCGUGUGUUUGUUACCCGAGAGGAAGAGAAGCUCCACCAUGAGGAAGGACGUGAGGAUUCUGCUCGUAGGGGAACCCAAAGUGGGGAAGACAUCACUGAUUAUGUCUCUGGUCAGUGAAGAGUUUCCUGAUGAGGUUCCCCGCCGAGCUGAAGAGAUCACCAUCCCAGCUGACGUCACCCCAGAGAGGGUGCCCACACACAUUGUGGACUACUCAGAAGCAGAACAGUCAGACGAGCAGCUGUAUCAAGAAAUAUCCAAGGCAAAUGUUAUUUGCAUAGUUUACUCCGUCAACAACAAGAAGUCCAUUGAGAAGGUGACAAGCCACUGGAUCCCCCUCAUAAAUGACCGAACGGAUAAAGAUAGCAGGGUACCAUUAAUCCUCGUGGGCAACAAGUCGGACCUGGUGGAACACAGCAGCAUGGAGACCAUCCUGCCAAUCAUGAAUCAAUACCAGGAUAUCGAGACCUGUGUAGAGUGCUCUGCCAAAAACUUGAAAAACAUCUCUGAGCUGUUUUAUUAUGCCCAGAAGGCCGUUCUCCACCCGACAGGACCCCUGUACUGCCCAGAGGAGAAGGAGCUGAAGACCUCUUGCAUUAAGUCUUUAACUAGAAUCUUUAAAGUGUCUGACCUUGACAACGACGGAAUCCUCAAUGACAAUGAGCUCAACUUCUUCCAGAAAACGUGUUUUAAUAUGCCGCUGGCACCACAAGCCUUAGAGGAUGUAAAGAACGUGGUCAGGAGGAACAUGGGAGACGGAGUCAAGGACAAUGGACUCACUCUCAAAGGCUUCCUGUUCCUGCACACGCUCUUCAUACAGCGAGGUCGACACGAGACCACCUGGACCGUGUUGAGAAGGUUUGGUUAUGACGAUGACCUGGAACUCACGCAGGAAUACCUGUACCCCAUGAUAAAGAUCCCUCCAGACUGCACCACGGAGCUUAAUCACAACGCUUACCUCUUCCUCCAGAGUGUGUUUGACAAGCACGACAAAGAUAGAGAUUGCGCGCUGUCGCCAGAGGAGGUGAAGGACUUGUUCAAAGUGUUUCCCUACAUGCCAUGGGGUCCAGAUGUCAACAACACUGUUUGCACUAACGACCAGGGAUGGAUCACGUACCAAGGAUACCUCUCGCAGUGGACGUUAACAACAUAUCUAGAUGUACAGCGUAGUUUAGAGUACUUAGGUUACCUGGGCUACUCCAUCAUCUAUGAACAGGAGUCCCAAGCCGCUGCUAUGACAGUGACGCGCAACAAGCGGAUUGAUCUCCAGAAGAAACAGACCCAGCGCAGCGUCUUCCGCUGCAACAUUCUGGGGGCGCGGGGUAGUGGGAAGAGCGGCUUCCUCCAAGCUUUCCUUGGCAAAAAUCUGCAGCAUCAGAGGCGGAUUAGAGAAGACCACAAGUCCCUCUAUGCCAUCAGCACAACCUAUGUGUAUGGCCAGGAGAAGUACCUGCUGCUCCAUGAGGUGAUGCCAGAUUUUGACUUCCUGUCAGAGGAGGACUUAGCCUGUGACGUGGUCUGCCUGGUGUAUGACAUCAACAGUCCAGACUCUUUUGAAUACUGUGCCAAAGUGUACAAGCAAUACUUCAUUGACAGCAAGACGCCAUGUGUGCUGAUCGCGGCCAAGUCAGAUCUACAUGAAAUACGGCAGCACUACAGCCUUUCACCGCACGAGUUCUGCCGUAAGCACAAGCUUCACCCCCCCCAGCCGUUCACGUGCAACACGACCGACGCACCCAACAAAGACAUCUACACCAGACUCACCACCAUGGCCAUGUAUCCUCACGCCUGUCACCGCUGCAUGUGUCCCUGCAACAGGUGCACCUAUUGCCUGUGUCAGAAACUCCUCAAGUUGGAGCUGCUGCGCAAUAUAAAGGCUCAACUCCGCAGGGUCGUUUUCAACAGGUUGUGUUUGUUUGUGUGUGUGUGGGGGGGGGGGGGGGGGGGCUGCCUGCUGUCAGAGGAGGAUUUCAGCCUGACACAGCAGGUUGCAGCUGUCUCCAGCGUGGAGGGGUCCGUCUUUAUGGAGGGCUCUGCUGUGCAGCUAGUUCCCUCAGACAGACACAUGGCUCAGGCAGAUCUGAAGAACUCCACCUUCUGGCUGAGAGCGAGCGUCGGUGCCACCGUGUUUGCCGUGCUGGGCUUCGCCAUGUACAGAGCUCUGCUCAAACAGCGGUGAUCAGACAGCAUGACACAACUACGUCCCCCCCGGGUCCCUCUGUUGACUUUGCUCAUCCCCUUCUACCUGAAAGACUCAAAGACUCGACUAACCAAACGACCAGGCUCAUCGCCUCAACAUCCUCCCCGUCAUCCCCGAACAAGAUCAAAAAUCCUCGGUACAUUUUAUAUGCAAUUUAAAAAAUAAUGAGUUCGGGUUAUUUUUUUUGUGUUUAAUGUUGGGGAAAAGGUGGACAGCCUCAUUUGAAAUAUCAGUUGUGAAUCACUCUGUUAAUGCUGACAGUCUGUGAUCUGUUGGACGAGUUCGGAUCAGAUCCUUUACCAGCUCCUGGAUGUUUUUCGGCUGAUUCAGAUAGUGUUUCCCCCUCAGGUCAGUAUUAUGAGUUAGAUGGUUGGAGAGCAAAGAGAAGCAGCCAUACAGAGAAACACCACAAAGGGACGUGAAUCUGUUUUUAGUUGUGUAUAUGCAGUAUAUCAUGUAUGUAUUCCUUAAACAAUUUUAGGAGCAGCCCCGUAGUCGGCAUCACAAGCCAGAAGCAACACGGUGUUAGUACGAACAGUGCUACAUCUAACACUGGAAAAUGUCAUGCACUUGUUUAUUUCGCGUGUUAAUUUAUUAACCUGUUUCUUUGUUUUCUCGUCGGUUAAGUGCAUGAGAUGGAGGGACUUACAUUUUCUAUGUAUUUUUGUAUUUAGUAUUAUCAAAGCUGUCCUCGUGGUUUAUCAUUUAUGACUUUCCACUUCUGUUUUUUUUUUCUGGUUUUCAAAUAGAGCUUUGUCCCUCAUAUUAUAUUUUUAUGAAUCUAGAGGCACCAUAGAGCAGGGGUUAUGCUAUUAACAGCCAUUCAGCUCACCUCCUCCACCUUAAAACCAAGGAAGUGUUUCUCGUCAAUCUCUUCUCCGAACAUUUAAAAUGGAGAAUUGUAUCUGGUACAGCCGUACGCGGGUUCUGGAUGAAUCGACUGCUAAUUUAACAACAAAAUAAAGUGGUUUUAAAUAUCUGUAAUAAAUGACAUUUACACCCUC